GGGGUUGGUUGCUACAGUGCCGCCUCAGCCUGACUGCCUCCAGGAAGUGGUCAGUCUUCUAAGUGGAUUUCGGUUUGGAUUGUUUUUGUUCCUAAACAAAGUACGAGUCAUUUCCCGUGGGCUGGUAAAGUAACUUAGGUUGAAGCGAUUUAUCGUUUUGUUACCAUUCACGUCACCUAUAUUUGAUUAAAAUAUUUAGGAAUCUAUAAGAGAUGGGACCUCGAUAACGAGAAUAUUCUAGAAACACCAGAGUACGGGGUUUCGAUUUCGGGAAGGGGUGAGCAAGAGGCCUGCGGCCGUCAAGGAGCUUAGGGAGGGCUGAAGAAGUACGGACUCGCCGGCCAUUGUGCACAAAGACGGGGAGACGACACUCCAAAUUAUACAUGUUUUGACCCCUGAUUCUGUUCCGGGAGAUUUCUGACCUGUAUCAUCGCCAAGAUAGCUGGACCGGGUAGAAAGCGGCACACCUCAGAACCAGUCCCCAGCGGCAGCAGUGACGCCGGCGACGGGCGGCCCGUGAGCGCCAAGCGCCUGAAGAUGGCCAGCAGCAGUGAGUCAGGCCGGCGGAAUGGGGGUCAGCGCAGCGCAGAUGACAGCACCAGCAAGAAGAAGCAGAAGGACAGGGCCAACCAGGAGAGCAGGGAGGCCAAGCGAGCAGCAGCAGGGGCCAACGCAGAGCACAAGAAAGAUGUGUUUGUGGACUGGAAGCAGAAUGCUAAUGAGGUGAUCGCGAGGCUGCGCUGUGGAGACGGGGUGCAGAGGGUGGAGGACGUCACCACUACCUUCACCGACACAUACUGUCAGGCCCGCUUCCCAGAUGGGCGCCAGUGGGACUGUCAUCUGCAUGAGGAGAUUGAGGGCUCCUGCAGCAAAGUGCAGUACAAAGAGAAGAGUGGCUUCCUCCUGCUGGUCAUGCACAAGAAGAUCCCCUUCCACUCCUGGCCUUCCCUUAUGCAAAAUAAAAAGGAGAAGCAGCCUGUGAAAGUGGAGGCCAAGAACGGUAAAGACCAGAAACAGCUGCCUCUGGUAAAGCCUGUGGUAAAGCCUGAGAAGUCUGUCCCGAAGACGGCAGACAUGGCCGAACUGUCCGCCCAGACGUCUGCUCCACCGGCACAGUGUGAACAGAGGCGUGGCAAAGCAGAGCGAGGUGUCAAACGCAUCAUGAACUACAAACCAGCCGACAAGCCAGAGUCUGGGGUGAAGGCUGGAGGAGAGGGGCAGACCAAGCCGGUCAGUGUCAGUAAAGGGGACCUGCCUCAGGAGCCCAGUGCCAAGCGCACUGUCCAUCCCCCCAAGGACCCCACCUCAGAGAUGCCCAGGGAUACACACUCCAAGUCCACAUCCAAUGGGAAACCACACAGCCCCACUGGCCGGGACCUCCAGACAUCUACAGCUGGUGACAAUCGAGCUGAGCUGCUAGGCAAUGGCCAUGAGGGUACAACACCUGAGGUAGCCAUCAGCCACACGCAGCAGGAGUUGAAAGUUCAGAUGGAGGACAAUAAGGCCCCAGAGUCUGAUUUUAAGGCUGGUGCAGAAGAGGUAAUCAUACCGGCAGCCACUGUGUCCAGUGCUCAGAUCAGCCCCAAGGCUGGAGCCUCCACCAACAGAACAGAGAGGCCAGGGGAGGCUGAGAGGACUGACUCUGAGACGCUAGUGAGACAGCCUCCGAAUGAGGCUGACCAGGCCACUGAGUCUCUAACACCAACCAUACAGUCAGGAUCAGGGAAGCCUGUGACUGCAACAGCCACCAAGCAGGCUGAGCCCCCCAACAGCAGCAGCACACAGGAGGAGAAGAGAGACAGGUCUAAGGAGGAACCUCUGGAGAUGAAGCAGGAGGAAGUUCCAGAGCCAAUGGUGAACCUGAAGUUGUUGAAGAACGACUCGUACGAGAAAGGGACAGACCUGAUGGUUGUCAACGUGUACAUGAAGGGUAUCUUCAGAGAGACAGCCAGGGUGAUCUUCAGGGAACAGGACUUCACACUCAUCUUCCAGACCAGCGAUGCAAAUUUCUUGCGUCUUCAUGCGGACUGCGGAGCGAAUACUGUCUUUAAGUGGCAAGUCAAACUCCGGAACCUCAUCCAGCCUGAGCAGUCUACGUAUGCCUUCACCCCGUCCCGUUUAGACAUCACCCUGAAGAAGAGGCACAGCCAGCGCUGGGGGGGCCUGGAGGCCCCUGCAACACAAGUGGGUGGCGCCAAGGUUGCUGUGCCCUCCGCACCGUCCUCUCAGGCAAGUCAGCCGGGCAGCAGCAAGCACUCCCUCCCCGCCAAGGAGGAGCCACCCUGGGUGGGGGAGGGGAAACCCAAGCCCCCUCGGACAGUGGACGGAUGCCUGGACAGUGUGUCAUCCCGCACCGUCUCAGACCAUGUCCCCAUCAAACAGGAGCCUGCAGUCACGCCCAAGCCCACCUGUAUGGUCCAGCCCAUGACCCACGCACCUCCUGCCGGCAGCCAGCGCAGCGUUGAGGAGGAAGAGGAGGAGGAGGAGAAGGUGUGUCUGCCAGGCUUCACAGGCCUGGUCAACCUGGGCAACACAUGCUUUAUGAACAGUGUCAUCCAGUCUCUGUCCAACACCCGGGAACUCAGGGACUACUUUCAUGACCGGGCGUUUGAGAAUGAGAUCAACUGUAAUAACCCGUUGGGGACGGGUGGUCGGCUGGCCAUCGGGUUCGCUGUGCUGCUCCGGGCUUUGUGGAAGGGUACCCACCAUGCGUUUCAGCCCUCUAAGUUAAAGGCGAUCGUGGCCAGUAAGGCCAGUCAGUUUACAGGCUAUGCCCAGCACGAUGCCCAGGAGUUCAUGGCCUUCCUCCUGGAUGGGCUCCACGAGGACCUGAACCGCAUCCAGAACAAGCCCUACACAGAGACCGUGGACUCAGACGGACGGCUGGACGAGGUGGUGGCAGAUGAGGCGUGGCAGAGGCACAAGAUGAGAAACGACUCGUUCAUCGUAGACCUCUUCCAGGGCCAGUACAAAUCCAAGCUCGUCUGCCCAGUGUGCUCCAAGGUUUCCAUAACCUUUGACCCAUUCCUCUACCUUCCCGUGCCCCUGCCCCAGAAGCAGAAGGUCCUCACCGUGUUCUACUUUGCUAAAGAGCCUCACAAGAAACCCAUGAAGUUCCUGGUGAGUGUGAGUAAAGAGAACUCGAGCACAGCCGAGGUCCUGGAGUCCAUCUCUCGGAGUGUGAGGAUCAAGGCAGAGAACCUGAGACUGGCUGAGGUAGUGAAGAGUCGCUUCCAUCGGAUCUUUCUCCCAUCCAACUCCCUGGACACGGUCUCCUCCUCAGACAUGCUCUUCUGCUUCGAAGUGCUGUCUAAAGAGCUGGCCAAGGAGAGGGUGGUGGUGCUCCGAGUCCAGCAGAGGCCUCAGGUCCCCAGUAUUCCCAUCUCUAAGUGUGCUGCCUGCCUGAAGCCUCCUCUCUCGGAUGAAGAGAAACUGAAGCGAUGUACCCGCUGCUACCGCGUGGGUUACUGCAACCAGGUUUGCCAGAAAAAACAUUGGUCCAGCCACAAGGUUCUGUGUGGGCCCAACAUAGAGAACGUGGGGCUUCCCUUCCUGGUCAGCGUCCCUGAGUCCAGACUCACCUACGCCCGGCUGUCCCAGCUGCUGGAAGGAUAUUCAAGGUAUUCAGUGAACGUGUUCCAGCCUCCCUUCCAGUCUGGCAGGACGUCCCCAGAGGUCACCCAGUGCCUGGCUGACCUUCCCCCUCCAGCAGAGACCCCUGAAGGUGUGGGGUCAGGGGAAAAGGCCAGGGGGGGGGGUGGGGCAGGGGACUCAGAGCAGGAGGACUCCUCUCUGGUUCCUGAGUCUCCACUAGAGACAGCCCAGGCCUCAGCACAUCCAGCCGGAGACCCGCACGCCCUCUCCACCCACACCACAGACUCAGGUUUCAUUGAGCCCUCCUCUGGCUCCCAGGACUCCCAGGGAGAGAAGGAGACGUCCUGUGAGAAGGCUGUCAGACCAGAAGCUGCUGUGACCGGCUACCAGCAACCAUCAGAGUCUGCGUCCAGCCACACCUCUCAGUUCUACAUCACCAUCCUCCACUCCAACAGCAAGGAGCAGACACUGGAGGAAAAGGAAGAGGCCGUUCUGGACCUCCCUGAGGACUCCAGCCUGGAGCUGGUGUGGAAGAACAACGAGCGUCUCAAGGAGUAUGUCCUGGUUCGGUCCAAGGAGCUGGAAUUUGAGGAGGACCCUGGGUCGGUCAACGAGACGGCCAGGGCUGGACACUUCACCCUGGAGCAGUGCCUCAACCUCUUCACUAGGCCUGAGGUGCUGGCACCAGAGGAGGCAUGGUACUGUCCAAAGUGCCAGCAGCACAGAGAGGCCUCCAAGCAGCUGCUGCUAUGGCGUCUGCCCAACGUCCUCAUCAUCCAGCUCAAACGCUUCUCCUUCCGCAGCUUCAUCUGGAGGGACAAGAUCAACGACAUGGUCGACUUCCCCAUCAGGAACCUGGACCUCAGUAAGUUCUGUAUUGGUCAGAAGGACGACAUGCAGCAGCCGCCUAUCUAUGACCUCUAUGCAGUCAUCAAUCACUACGGGGGCAUGAUCGGAGGUCACUACACUGCCUACGCACGCCUGCCCAGCGCCCAGAACAGCCAGCGCAGUGAUGUUGGCUGGCGUCUUUUUGAUGACAGUACGGUGACGAUGGUGGAGGAGAGCCAGGUGGUGACACGCUAUGCCUACGUGCUGUUCUACCGCCGUCGCAACUCCCCUGUGGAACGACCACCUCGCUUACUGGGGCCCCUGGGGGCCGAGUCCCCCACCGCUGCAGGAGCCACCGCCAGCCAGGCCUCUGGCCAGGCACUCUUUGGGACCGACCUGGACCCUGAAGGACCCCCUCCGCUGACCCCAGAGGUGACCUCUGAGCUGUUUGGACACUCUGGCGAAUGUGCUGCUCUGUCCUACAGUAACAUGGAGGAGGUGGACUAAGGUGUGACUGAGGCUCCAUCGAGCUGUCCAUCGAGCUGGCAGAAGGCUCCAGCUGUGGACCGAUGCCAGCAGCAACAUUGGGAAAUACACUCCUCAGUAAACGACACUAAUAAACUGGACGUCUUCAAAGCGUCCCCUCAGUGGUGCAACGCUAAACAUGUCAGAAGUGGAUUUGUGGGGAAGGAAGGAGCAGUACACGUCACCACAGAUGUGGUGGACAUACCAGCUCAUGCUGUUUAUGUAGUAAUAUUCAUGCAACACAUUUCCGUACAUGUAUGCGCGUGCACACACAAACACACAGCGUGUUUGCACAUACAACAAAAGCCUCCACACUCCCGUUUCCCCAGAGCCUCCGGGUUGCAGCCUGUUGUUGGCUGAUGGAAGAGCCCACCUAGACAAUGUUGGUGGCCAUGCCGUUUAUGACCCCUUUUUAUCCCAUGAUAAAUGGGUGUCUGGUUCAGAGGUCACAAAGGAUGUGGCUAACAUCAAACAAACCCCCCCAGCCUGUUGGGAUUGAGGGAAAAUUGUGAUAUGAGAGGAUUGGACGUGUGUGUGUGUGUGUGUGUAAGCAUUUGAGUGUGUUUUUUUUCCCCCGCUUCUCAUCAAGGUUUAGUCUGGUCUGUGUUGUGAUUCUGUAAGCUGGGUACCAAUGUAGUGUAAUGGGUGCAGAAAUAGUUUAUUUUAUGUUCAUACAGAGGACAAAUAGUAACUGUCUUUCUGUUCACUAUUUUCAUACCACACCUGGAUUUAGUUGCUUUGCUUUAGAUUUUAAAAUAUUUUAAAAACAUUUUUACUUUGUAAUUUAUCCAAUCCUGUGGAUGUAAUUUUUGGGAAGAAACCAACUUGAUAUACACUGAAAUGUGCAUGUUGAUACACAGUAGCGUAGAAUAGAAUGCUGUUACCACUUCUGCUACAUAUCUUCAUUUCUGUUUGAGUACUCUUGUACACCCCUCCCUUCAUUUUGUGUUAGACUGCAUAUAUAAAGUUGGGGAUUAAUGAGAAUGUGUAUAAGAUAUACAUUGUUAAUAUAAAUUAAACACUUUUUGAGAAGCGCUAACAGGUUAUUUGAAUACACACUCUGAUUCAGUAGGAACUUGAAUAAAGUUGCCUGGGAACUUU